AUGUUAUCCUCACCCGCCUGGCCGACUGGCUCGAGCACGAGGUCAUCGUACUCUUCCAGUUGUGAGUUGGAUGCUAGCAAGCUCACUGUCGACUGCAACUUUCUAGAGCUGCUUGCAGGAGACCUUACGAUCUCGGAAAGCAUAUUCAUGUCGAAAGCUAUGACCGCCGGUCGUCCCUUUGCGGACCUUGCGGCGCCGGAUUCGGGUGCGAGCGCCUCCUUCCAACGGUCGCUUCUUCCGUACCGCGCAGGUCACCAGCAGCAGCCCCCCAGCAUGAGCACAACUUUGCUGCCCUCCUUUGUGGAGGAGGAAGCAGGGUUGUAUGUUGAGGAUCUUGACAGCGACGGACGACUUGGGAUCAAGAACAGAUACCUGAAUUCAUCCAAUGUCCCUUCAACAGCAAUGGUGCCUCACUUAACCAUCACGCGGCAACAAUCUGUUGCCACUGCCGCCACGUCAGAUUCCGGUCGCUGUUCCUCGGUUUUUUCACACAACACACACUCACCAACCUUCCCCGCGCUCUCCUAUUCCUCAAACAGAGAGGGCAGUUCACACGGCACUUGGUACGAAGAUGACCCAGACUCUCCGCAAGAUGGACCAGCAAGCUCGGUAUUUACAGCAAGAACUUCACUUUCUGAUACGCAUCAACCUGUCUUGGAUCCCGGCAAUUACGGAGACAUGAUUGAACCGUCAAAACCAACGGUUGAUCGAACCGGGCCCGCUCAAGCUACCGCCGAAGUCCACUUUCCCGGUAGCUGCCGUGGUACUCGCUCACGGCCGCACACGCCCCCAAACCAACCACAUCUCGAAAAGGCGCGCAUCGUCGAGAUUUCACCCGUGGCCAGGGGCCCGAAACGGACCUCGUCACUGGAAUGGGACCGUUAUCGCACAGAGCCACUCUCGGUAACAUCGCAAUCCCGAGGGGUGGCAGUCCCAGCUAGGGUAACUGAGGAGCUCGGACAGGGCGGCGGCAUUCCAAAGGAGGACAUUCAGUUUACUGUACCAAUAAUCGAGACGGCUAACGGCCGAAUCGUCAUCGACGCAUCCGCGCCGCCUCCGAUAGCGUUUGCCAGCAGAGACCAGGCCCGGCACCGUCUCCAUGCUCGGCCAUCGUCCUCAAUGGCGAUUCGUGAGAAUGAGAUUCUCGACGACGGCGACGAACCAAGCGCUAGGGCAUACCAAAAAGCGCUUACGGGAAAGCCGUCACUUCCUGAUCUCCGCCGUUGGGUCGAGGCCAGCGCUGAAACGCUCGCCUCGCCCCAGAGAAGCACGCCGUAUACAUCAAGCGCACAUGGCAUUCCACUGCCCCCGGAGGUCAUAGAGUCCCUCCGGGUAUCGAUAUCCUGCUUCCCGGAGACUAUGCUCCUCACUUCGAGCCUCUCCAUCGAGACCAUGCGCGCUUACUCUAAAAAGGACCUCACCAUCCCCCACAAAGCCGCCAGCCUCCUCGGCAUGAACGACCCCGUCUCAGCCGCCGCCGCAGCAGCCGCUCUCCGCGCCGCACCACCGCCACCGUCGUCUUCGGUGUUGAGCCGUGCCGGCCGGCGGGACAGGAACGCUUUGAGUGAGCUGUUUGUUCCCACGGCCAGUGGGGGUGGUGGUGGUGGUGGUGGUUCGGGGUUUGGGUCCGGGUUGGUGCGGAGUAUGACGAACAACAGCCGCGCGCGGAGUGGCACGGGUGGGAGUAGUAGUGGGUUUUCGCGCGGGGGGACGGGUUAUGGGGCUCAUGGUGCUGGUGGUGGCGGUGUGUGCCAGGAGGGUGGCAGCGGGCCGGCGGCGGUCGCUGGGGAGGUGUUGCUUGCGGGACUGGGUCGGUGUGUUAACUUGUUGGUUGCGGCUAUGCGGCGGGAGGGG